AUGUUAGGUUGCAAGGCCGCAAUUAGCCCAAUAGAAGAAAAUCAUAAGCUUGAAGAAAAGAGAAAAGAACCCUUGGAUGAUGCAGGCAUCAGAGGCUUGUGGGAAAACGUCAGAUAUCUUACUAUCACUAGACCUGACAUUACCUAUGCUGUGGGGUUGGUAAGCCAGUAUAUGCAUGCUCCUUGUCAAGCACACCUACAUGUAGUAUACAGGAUCUUGAGGUACCUCAAAGGUUAUCUUGGCAAAGGUAUGAUCUAUACUAAUCAUGGCCAUGGGAGAGUGGAAAUCUAUAGUAAUGCUGAUUGGGGUGGGUCAGUAGAGGACAGGAGAUCAACUUCAGGAUGA